AUGCGUGAACGGAAUUUUCUCGUACGGUUCCAAUCUGGUAAUAGCGAAGUCGAAGGCAAGGAUGCCACGACACCGGAGAAACGGGACGGUAGUAAAUUAAUGGGGACCAGAAGCUUGCCACACAAAAGAGAAGUCGACCUGAACAAACAGAGAGCAAAGUUCAUCACGAGAACCAAAAAAAGACUAACUGUGAUAAUGUUUGGAAAAUUGUAUCUUCUAAUUAAUGUUCUGACAACUUUCAUCGUGAUCGUGCAUGGGCAGCAAGAAGAUGAUGCGGGUAAGAUAGUAACAAAACUUUGCAAUUUCGAAAAACCUCUGAAGGAUCCAACAGAUGAACUUCAUGGCAGAUUUUGUGACUGUGACGUUGAAAACUCUCCCCCAUGGGGAAUCCCGGUAGUAAUAAUUGACUGUCAGGACCAUCAUCUGCAAAAUAGCAUCUUUCAAGCGGAAAAUUUGACACAAGGCACUGUGAAGCUGGAUAUGUCGUACAACAAAUUCACCUCAAUUCCUUACUUUAUUGGUGAAAAAUUGAAAUACCUUAGCUUGCGUGAUAAUGCGAUAGCAGAACUGAAAGAUAAAAAUUUUGCAAACAUCACGAGUUUGCUGGAGCUAGAUUUGAGUGAUAACAAAAUCGAACUCAUCAGCAAUGAUGCCUUCGUAGGUUUGGAACUGUUGCGGAAACUGAAUUUAGCAGGAAACCGAAUUAAAGAGAUACAAGUGAAUACGUUUUCAAUGUUCUUACAUCUUGAACAUCUCAUCCUGUCCGAUAACCCGCUCGGUGAAUUCUUCAACUCUUCGGAAAACGAUAUCUUCCUAAAGGUAGGCGUAACACCCCGACUGGCCACAAUCGAGCUGGCCGAAUGCGGUCUCAUCGACAUUGACCUCUCGAACGGAAUUGGUUUGGACACCAUCGUAUUGCGCCAGAAUCAAUUGAUUCAGAUACAGCGACUACCGAAGGCAGUUUCGCAUUUGGAUAUCAGUGACAAUCCCAUUCGUGCAAUGACCGCCAAAUUUCUACCUAACCUGUUCAACUUGAAGUCACUAAUCAUGGAAGAUAUGCCGAAUCUGUACAAACUGGACGAAUACUCGUUGUAUGGUUUACCGAGUUUGUCUCAUUUAAAUUUGCAAGGCUCUCGAAAUUUGACCAUUUUUGAUCCGCAUGCUUUCGGAAAAAAUGUUAUCCUCAACGAAACCGACAUCGUGCUGGAGAAACUUAUUCUCAAAGGUACGGGCAUUCGCACACUAAACUCGUCACUUCAGUUUGCAUUUGAGCAGCUUAAGGUUCUCGAUUUGGCUGGAACCCCAUUGAACUGUGACUGUCAAAUUCGGUGGUUGAAGAAGCUAAACGUUACCACGGAUGCGACAAUUUGCUCCAAACCUGCCUCCCUGCGAGACCGGCGGUUCAAUGACAUUCAAAUCAGUCAGUUCCAGUGCAGAGUGGAGAAGUCCUGGAUCUAUAUGGUUUUCAAUGUAAUGCUGGUUAUUCUACUAAUCAUACUGCUAUUCGUUGGUGUCUAUCUGGUCUAUAUAGCAAUACGGCCCCGUCAGCAAGUGCAGCUCAGAAAAGUUGGUACCAAUAGUCCGUAUGCAAGAGUUACGAUAGAGCCAAACCAUGCGGAAAAUUUCUACUAAGAAUCCGCAUCGUUUACGUGUAACCGUCGAAAUAAUUAACGAAGAACUAAGCUUUGAUAGAUACGAAUAGAUUAAGAUCGUAUACAACUUUAUAUAUAAAUAAUUGUACUGUUCCGAACACAAACGAUGAAAGUGAAUAAAAAACUCUGUACUCCAUUUUCUGAAAGUUAUUUGACAAUUUACGUCUCUACUCAGUAUAGUUUGGCAAAUCAUCAUGUAUAGGUUAACUCCACAACAACACUGCCCAAUCGAGAAAAUUUAUUGAAUACUCAGUGUUCAAUCAAAUUAGAACAAAAUAUUGCUGUCGUUCAGGCCAGUUCCGAAGAAAACGACAAUUUAUCGAUUCGUCGUUGUGCGCAUCGACUUUAUGGAAAAUAUUUUGUGAAGAAUUAGGUUUGGUGCCAUACGGAAUUCAAUCCGUUCCAGAAUUAAAGCCACACGAACAAUUCUCUUCAGUGAUGAGGUGUAUUUUUGGUUGAAUGGAUACGUCAACAAGCAAAGUUGCCGUAUCUGAAGCAAAGAUAAUCCACACGCCGUUCAAGAAUUACCGAUGCAUCCCGAUGCAUAUAUUGUUUGGUGCGGUCUAUGGGCUGGUGGAGUCAUCGGUCCUUAUUUCUUUAAAAAUGAGGAAGGAACCGUGAAUGGAAUCGACACAAAACCAUGAUCAACGAUUUUUUUUCUCCAAAUCUUCAAGAUAUGGAUCUGGACGAAAUGUGGUUUCAACAGGAUGGUGUCACUUGUCAUACUGCGGCCGAAACAAUCGACUAAUUGUAAGAACAAUCCAACGACAACAUUAUUUCGAUAAAUCGACCGGUGAAUUAGCCUCUCUGUACGUGUAAUUUGACUUCACUCUAUUAUUUUUUAUAGGGAGACGUAAAGUCAUUGAUUCAUGUGGAUAAACCAGCAACGAUUGAUGCUUUGGAAACCAAUAUUUAACGUGUCAUUGAUGAAAUACGCCCUCAAAUGCUUGAAAAA